AUGACGUUUGGCUGGUACAUCGUGUGCGACGAGGUGGCCGUAGAGCAUGCCAUCGGGGAGCUGAUGUUCGGCUGCAAUUUGCUCUCCUUCUCGGUGACUGAUGAGGAGGUGGAGCGCGCCAAGCGCGAGCUGAAGGCCACCCUGGUGAGCGGCUCGGGCUCCACCCAGGAGAGCUGCAACCAGGUGGGCAAGGAGGUUUUGGUCUACGGCCGUGGCCUCCCUGCGGCCGAGAUGAUGCUGCGGAUUGAGGCCGUCGAUGCAGAGGAGGUGAAGCGAGUUUCCUACAAGUACCUCAACGAUCAAGAGAUCUCCGUGACGGGCCUGGGCCCGCUGCACGGCAUCCCGGAGCUGUACAUCAUGCGCCAGGCCACGCAGAUGGUCCGGUACUAG